AUGUUCCUCAGUGUCUUGCAGGCAGCCCUGUACAAGAAUCUGGAUGGCGUCAACGGGCUAGCGUAUCUGACUCUUCGCCAAAGCGGUUGUAUCGCCAUCUUCUGGGGCCUCCUCGGCCUCCUAAUCAUUCUAUACUCGCCAAGUAUUACACGCGCUUUCUGGCUAUCGAAAAUAGAUCGCGCUCUUGCCAUUGAGCGUAUCCGUGACCAUGGUACCGAAACAUCGAAGCUCAUUGACGGGCAUCGUUUGGGCCGGAAACUGUAG